GCUGCAUUUGUACACACGCCCACAGGCUACCGCGAGAGACGGGGUAGGACCGUACAGGGAGGUUAAAAUUGUAGUGCAGGUCAUCCAAGAUGGGGUCGCACGCUUUCUUUUGAUACUGGUACUUCCAAGUUCCUUCCUUGUGGAAAUCGGUUGAAACAUCGACACCGACAAUCCCCUCAUCUCCUUCUCAUUGAUGGCCCUAAUAGAAUUCACAAACCUUACUUCACGGUCCUCGCAAGCAAAGUGGUGACUCGGGUAGUUUGACUUGAACUGAUAUCACUUUUGCCCUAAGAAGAAGCAAGAUUUUUCCUGCAAACACCAACUACUACUUCCUAGCCCGCACAGAACAUAAUGCCGGCCCCGGCGCCCCCAUCCUCUCUGCCUCUGUCCGACCAAAUGAAUGGCAAUGGGGCUGCCCAGCCUAAAGCCGGGACCCCGGAGGGUGUGCAUGCAACGGGGCAGCCUGACACGCCCAUCGAGGUGAUCACCGAUCUGCUGCAGAGAGCAAUGACGGGCAACUCUGUUGAAGAGGUCAAAGGGGCAGUGCAGAAGGCGCUGGCAGUAGCUGGGGGGCUGGAUCCCUACUUGGAAAAAGUAUCUAGCAAGCCAAGCGAGUUAAUCAACGAGCUAAUUACAGCUUCAAUGAACGCCCCGUGGAGCGACUUCCAUGCCCAGGGCAAGACCAUCUUCAAGCAGAAGAAGGAGUGCUGCGCGGGCUCCCUGGAGGGCCAGUUUCUGAGAUCUUUGGUCCAGCUGACACAUGCCACGUCCGUAUUGGAAGUGGGCAUGUUCACGGGGACCAGCACGCUCGCCAUGGCCCAAGCACUGCCCGAUUUUGGCAAGGUUUAUGCACUUGACAUCGAGCCCUUCCUCAAAGAGUUCACUGCCCCCUACUUCGAAAAGUCUGGCCUACAGAACCGCAUUGAAGUGGUGGUAGGCCCUGCCAAUGAGUCCAUUGAGAAGCUGGCCCAGCGGGGGGUGCGCUUCGACAUUGCUUUCCUGGAUGCGGAUAAGAGCGGCUACCUGGGCUACUACAAGCAGCUCAUGGACAAUGACCUUAUUGUGCCCGGGGGCAUUGUGGUCGUUGACAAUUCCCUUAUGAAGGGCCGGGUGUACGCCCCGUCCGAAGAGGACGAAAUGGCGGACGCGAUUCGGGAGUUCAAUGAGUACGUCAGCAACGACCCUCGAGUGGAGGUGGUGGCCAUCCCGCUCAGGGACGGCAUCAACAUCGUCACACGCCGGCCCGUGAAGGGGGACGAAAUCGUGACGGGGGUGGGAAGCUCCAACAUCUUGCAGCGGUUCAAGCUGGUCAGCAAGGUCGCGCUUAUCACAGGGGCUGGGCAGGGUAUAGGCCGCGCGUUUGCGCACGCUCUCGGGGAGGCCGGCGCGGCGGUGGCUGUGGUGGACAUCAAUAAAGGCAAAGCCGAGGAGGUGGUUGCGGAGCUGCGGGGCAAGGGCAUCCGCUCGAUCGCCAUCCAGGCGGACGUAACGCAGAAGAAGGACUGCAAACGGAUGGUCGACGAGACGGUGGCGGCCCUGGGCGGGCUGCACAUCGCCGUGAACAACGCGGGAAUCAACCGGAACGCGUCGGCAGAGGAGACGUCCGAGGAGGACUGGGACGCCACCUUCUCGCUCAACACCAAAGGCGUUUUCAUGUCCUGCCAGGCGGAGGGCGAGGUAUUCCUGGCGCAGAAAUACGGCAAGAUCAUCAACACGGCGAGUAUGGCGACGCUGCUGGUGCCGCACCCGCAGAAGCAGAUCGCGUACAACUCAUCCAAAGCGGCGGUCGUGAAAAUAACGCAGACGCUCGCGUGCGAGUGGGCGGACCGGGGGGUCAACGUCAACUGCAUCUCGCCGGGGAUCGUGGAGACGGCGCUCAUCAUGGAGUCCCCAACUCUGAAGCCCCUGGUGUCGGAGUGGCUGUCCCAAAUCCCCAAGGGCCGCCUCGCAUCAGUCGCAGACCUCCAAACAGCCAUUGUGUACCUUGCUUCGGAUGCUAGUAACUACAUGGUCGGGCACAACCUCGUCAUCGAGGGCGGUCAAAGCUUGUGGUAGUCGUAGGGAGUGUGAAUAGAAAUACGGAGGCAAUACAGUUAGGACAGUCAGAUAUAAUGAGCUUUCAUUGACUCUCAGGAACUGGGAACGAACCGAGUUUUCAUUUUGGCCUGCGCGUCGCGCCUUUUUUUAGGCCGGCUUUGAAGGAAGCACCUUUUUCUUUUGCUGCAAAGCCAUUCGUUGUCCAUAUUAUACCAAUAAAAUGCUUGGAUCCUCCAGGAAAUUGGCCAGAGGAACAUCGCUCGAACAGUCUUACACCCAGGCACUUUCUUUUCCCGAUGGCUGUAUCCGCCAAUUGGUGUGGAGUGUCGUUUGAAGACGUAGGCAGACGAUUGUAGCCAUGGAGUAAAAAUAACAGGGCGCCUUCGAAAAGAUAUACCAUCGGCGACCACUUUAGUAGUAUCAUGAUUAUGGU